AAGUGGUUCGUCCAUUCAUCACUUGAGCAACCCUUGGUUUUCCCUGAUAUUGCGGGUAUUUCCAAAUGUACUAUGUACCCUCAUAUAUUGAUUGAUGUGCGAGCGGCGAGAAUACAGCGAAGUCCACGCGCCUUGGCUCAGUUUUUGUGCUGUCAUUUCUGACAACGCACUAGUUUUUUCCACAGAGGAACAAAAGGACAGUGUUUUUCCUCCUUUCUCCUCCUGGACAUCCUGCAAAGUGGGCAACAGAGCUCCUGUGCGCGCCAUGGGGAACACAGACACCAAGUUGAACUUCCGGAAGGCCAUAGUGCAGAUAACCACGAAGAAUCAGCAAAUUGACGCCAGCGAUGACGCGUUCUGGGAUCAGUUCUGGACGGAGCACAGCACGAAUGUGCAGGAUGUGUUCGCGCUGGUGCCGCCCAACGAGAUCCGGGCGCUGCGCCAGGAGAAUCCCGCCAAUCUGGCCACGCUGCUGUACAAGGCCACGGAGCGCCUGGUGCGCGCCGUGGACAACAGCUGCCGCACGCAGACGGAGCAGCAGAUCGUGCUGAACUGCGUGCGCCUGAUGCAGCGCAUCCUGCCGUACGUGUUCGAGGACAGCGAGUGGCGGAACUUCUUCUGGUCGCAGCUGCCCUCGGGCAGCGAGUCCGACGACUCCGCCACGCCGCUGGCGCACAGCCUCCUCAACGCCAUCUGCGACCUGCUCUUCUGCCCGGACUUCACCGUUGUGGCCACGCGCCGCUCCGGGCCGGACAAGGCGGAGGAGUUGACCAACAUCGACAGCUGCGAGUACAUCUGGGAGGCCGGCGUGGGAUUCGCGCAGUCGCCGCCGAAGCACUCGCACCUGGAGAUGCGGCGCACGGAGCUGCUCAAGCUGCUGCUCACGUGCUUCAGCGAGACCAUGUACCGUGCGCCCAGCACCAGCGAGGAGCCCAACAAGUGGAUAGCGCACUUCACCAGCGCCGACAAUCGCCACGCGCUGCCCCUGUUCACGUCCCUCCUCAACACCGUGUGCGCCUACGAUCCCGUGGGCCUGGGCGUGCCCUACAACCACCUCCUCUUCGCGGACACCAUGGAGCCGCUGGUGGAGGUGUGCCUGCAGAUCCUCAUCGUCACGCUGGACCACGACAUGACGCUCAACAGUCCCACGACGGCGGCCUUCGACGAGACGACGCUGGGCGACAAUCUCUUCAUCAACUACUUGAGUCGCGUGCACCGCGACGAGGACUUUCACUUCAUCCUGCGCGGCAUCACGCGCCUGCUGAACAAUCCGCUGGUGCAGAGCUACCUGCCCAACUCCACGAAGCGCCUCCACUGCCACCAGGAGUUGCUGGUGUUCUUCUGGAAGAUCUGCGACUAUAACAAGAAGUUCCUGUACUUCGUGCUCAAGAGCAGCGACGUGCUGGACGUGCUGGUGCCUAUUCUCUAUCACCUCAACGACUCCAGGGCGGAUCAGUCGCGCGUCGGCCUCAUGCACAUCGGCGUCUUCAUUCUCCUGCUGCUGUCCGGCGAGAGGAACUUCGGCGUGCGCCUCAACAAGCCCUACACGGCCACCGUACCGAUGGACAUCCCAGUGUUCACGGGCACGCACGCGGAUCUGCUCGUGACGGUGUUCCACAAGAUCAUCGCCACUGGCCACCAGAGGCUGCAGCCGCUCUUCGACUGCCUCCUCACGAUCCUCGUCAAUGUGUCGCCGUAUCUCAAGACGCUCUCAAUGGUGGCCAGCAUCAAGAUGCUGCAUCUCCUGGAGGCCUUCAGCACACCGUGGUUCGUCUACUCCGCCCCGGCCAACCACCAUCUGGUCUUCUUCCUGCUGGAGAUCUUCAACAACAUCAUUCAGUACCAGUUUGACGGCAACUCCAACCUCGUGUACACGAUCAUCAGGAAGCGCCAUGUGUUCCACGCCCUGGCCAAUCUGCCCUCGGACGUGGGUGGGAUUUCGCGGUGUCUGAGCAGCCGCAAGGGCGCGCGGCGACUGGCGCCGCCAGUGGCCGCCAAGGCGCCGCAAGCGGAGGACGCUGAGGAUGAGGAUGAGUCGGAGGAGGACAACAAAGGCGACACGAUAGUCGAGGAGGAGUCAAUGGAGGGCUCAAAGCCCGCGCUGCCCGCCGAGCCGGGCACCCUGAAGGCGUCCCUCCUGGACACGCCGGCCAUCGGACAGAUGACUGAGCGCGAAUCCGCUCACAUGACUUCGUCGCAGUCGCAGGAAUCGCCGACACUGUGCGACCUGAACACCACGCUGGCCACGCUCUCGUGCGAAGAAGCCAAGGAUGAACUGCCCGCGAAGAGUCCAAGCGCUUCGCCGGCGAUCAGUCCCAAAGGCGCCGCCAGUGGAGAGCUGAAGCGCGCCGUGGCGCAGCGCGGAAGCAUCCGCGUGACGUCGACGAGUACAGCGGCGGCGGCGGCUGCCGUGUGGACGCCGACGCCGGAAUGGGUGUCGUCGUGGCGCGCGAAGCUGCCGCUGCAGACGAUCAUGCGUCUGCUGCAGGUGCUGGUGCCGCAAGUGGAAAAGAUCUGCAUCGACAAGGGCCUCACGGACGAGUCGGAGAUCCUGAAGUUCCUGCAGCACGGAACGCUGGUGGGACUGCUGCCUGUGCCGCAUCCCAUUCUCAUCAGGAAGUAUCAGGCCAACAGUGGCACCACGGCCUGGUUCCGGACGUACAUGUGGGGCGUGAUCUAUCUCAGAAAUAUCGAGCCUGCCAUUUGGUAUGACACGGACGUGAAGCUGUUUGAGAUCCAGAGAGUGUAAAUGGAAGCCCAAAGUCAAUAUCUUCAGAGCUUGCAAUGGCAAUUUAUCUUAAUGCUGACCUAUUUAUUCUCUAGUUUUCUUUUCCCCCCUUCAAGAGUCCCUUUUUUGUGUGAUAAUUCAAAUGCUUUUGAUGUGCAAAUAUGUGUGAGAAAUUUUAAUUUCUCCCUUCAUUUCUUCACUUCUGUUCUUUUCUCUAACAUUCCACUGACUUUUUUUUUCUACAGAUCAAAGAGAAGGAGAAUUGUGAUGUUAAAUUGCAGAUCCUGAAAUGAAUAUCCAAAUAUCCAAAUUGCUAAAUAUAUAUAUUCAAUAC